AUGUCUGUGACUGUGAAACACCUCAAUCUCGAUGCAGCCUUUCUUCUCGUCUUUUCUCCCAAGGCGAAUCCUCUCCCGUCAGAUCUUACUCCCGCAGCCGGCGCGGUUUCGGUGCUGAUAGAUCCAUGGACAAAUGGUCCUUCCAUCAAUACCGCGUCCUGGUCUGCAGGGACCGAGGACAAGAUCCCGAGCUCCAUCGGAGAACCUGAUGUGCUGAUCGUGUCGCAAAACAAGCCCGACCUCCGCCACAAGGGGACUCUUCUCCAACUCCGUCCUGAAGGGAAAACCAUUAUCGCGGCGGAACCGGGCGCCGCAAAGGCCAUCAAGAGUUGGAAUCACUUUGAUCCUACGCGGGUUCAUGCACUGCUCAAAUAUGACCCCAAGGUCAAGUCCGGGCGCUCCUUGCGACUCCCCAUCGCUCCUCUCUCGCCACAGGGUUUUCCAGGAGAGCUCAAUAUCGCCUUCAUUCCUGCAAAGCGCCACAGGACAGGCCUACACAAUGCCAUUGGCAUCACAUACUUGCCCCCCACCCACACAAAGAGCAUUGCACCAAUUGCGACUGUUGAUCUUCCCAAAACGACGAGAUACUUCCAUAUGCCUCUCAGUCCCAUGACUAUGCCUCCGUCGAGCCCUCCGGCACCCUCAACUCCUCUGGCUGAUCGAUCCAUGUCUUUCGACCUGCCAGCUCAUGACUCAGGCUCCGUUCAGAGCCCCAAAGUGGAACAUUUCAGAGGACAUCGACCCCGACUGUCGCGCUCGUCAAACACUGCUUCGUCUGAAUUCCUCCCGGCGGCUGACCAACCAACCAUUCGAAUGCAGUCAGAGCCCGACACUGAAAAGGGAGGUAUUGUGCAGAGAGUCUUGACCAUCCCGGACCAAUCUGUGUUCUUGGACAGUGCUUUCCGUUUCGAACUCGACCCUGUUCCCUUCACGUUUGUCAAAAAUCUGCCCACACCACCAGCUUCUCCUGUGCCAGCGGCGGUGUCAUCCCCAGCAGGCUCGUCGCCAAACCCAUCAGCCAAAUCUCCAACCAGAAGUAGCACACUCUACCAUCAUCGCCACCGGUCUUCCGUGACGUCGCACCAGAAAUCUUUAUCCAGCGUCUCCUCGAUGCCAAACCUUGCCCCCAUCACUCCCGCCCGUCCUAAAGCCGUCUCAAUCAUCUACUCGCCCCACGGCGUCCCAUUGUCCGAUUUGCAGCCCUACAUCCAAACCCAUCUGGUUCGGUUAGCAGGUGCUCUUCCCUUGACCUUACUCUUCCACUCCUUCGACUCUACGCGCAACCCCUGGUACUUGGGCGGCAGUGGCAUGGCCGGCAUGUACGGCGGAGCAGAAAUCGCUCGCGCAUUAAUGGCCAGGUGCUGGAUUAAUGCACACGAUGACCCAAGAGACAAUCGCGGGACAAGCGUAAAGAGACAACAAGUGAAACGCAUCUCUGUGGAUGAGGUCAGAAGGCAUCUGUGGGAAGGAGAGGAGGGUGAAUGGCUCAAGAAACGAGGCUGGACCUGCGAUGUCCGGCAACUGCAUCCUGGGAGGGAGGUCUUCAUUGGACCAAGCAGAGAUCUGUGCUCAGGUAUGGAGGGAAAGCGGGAGAGUCGGCUAUUACGGUUUGGGGGCGCUGGGGAGGAGACGAGAUGA